AUGAACGUCAGCACCUUAAAGAUCCCAACGAGUUUUCUCAGCUUGUCAUGCGUCUUGACUUCAGCUCGAGACAGAACAUACAGAUCGCAGAAACUCGAUUAUAUUCAGCCUCUAUGCAAAGGGAUAGGGAAUCAGUCCAUUGAAAUGGGAAAUUUUCGAUCUAAAAACGGCUGUAAGAAGAACCGUCUGUGUGAAUGGGAGACUCCGCAUGGUACAAUCAAGGAUUAUCAGCCUGAGAGCUCGUCGAGCAGAUUGCCUGUGACUACCCGAGAAGAGACCAACACUCUGGACAGCAGCAUCAUGAACAUGGACGAGACGGAGGUUAUUGGACUAUUCGAGACAAGUGAGAUUCGGGCCACUUCACCGAGAUGGAACACUGGUCGCACCGGAACCAGAACGGAACGAUCUUCCGUCAGCCUCUCAUCGCCCUCUGUGGCAGCUCACUCACCGGGAUCAUCGCUUGGAAUAACGCGCCCGCCAAAUUCUGUUCAAGGUGUGUCUGUCGCAAGUCCGGCCCUCACAGAGAACGCUUUGGAGAACAUUGGGCCAUACUCGUCGACAGGAAUUGUCUUGACGCACCAUGAAGCUUUACUCAUCCAUCAUUACUCCGAAUUCCUGGGCAAAUGGCUCGAUUGUACGGAUGCCUGCCGCCAAUUCACUCUAGACGUCCCCGAAAAGACCAAGAUAUGCCCAGUACUCUGUUAUGCUGUUCUGUCAUUCGCUGGCCGUCACCGACAGGACGGUACAGCUGAGAGUUCAUAUAAUAAGUGCAUUCAUUUACUCAUCGAAAGAUUGAAUGAAGCUGCUGCCAGCCCUGACGAGACUCUGUUGUGCGCAAUUGUCAUCCUUCGUUUUUAUGAGCAGCUGAAUGUCUCUUCUAGCACAGGUUCAGAUGCGGAAAGGCAAUUGAGUGGAUGUUCAGCCAUCAUUCGUACCUCCCAGGGGAGUCAUUCCGUCGACCCUUCGGCGCCUACCUUACGGGAAGCAGCGUUUUGGGUUUACGUUCGGCAAUGUCUCUACAACGCAACAAUCAAUCAGCAGUCACUUGAUGUCGAUAUCUCACUGAAAGUCCAUCCUCCGCCGAUGAUGAUUUCCACGUCCGAACACCCUUUAGUACGACUCAAAAUCGAAACAGCGUGGACCAACCAAAUGGUCUGGAAUACUGCUCGCGUGGUCAACUUCUGUUACGAAGCUGCCCAUCCGCUGAGUGAUAGACAACGGAGAUCUCAGAAAUGGCAGGAGCUUUGGGAUAUCGUUCAAAGUUGGAUGAAAGAGCGGCCAGACGGGUUUAAUGCUAUUUAUGAGGGAGCCUCUCACUCUACGACGGCAUUUCAGCAAAUUUGGUUCACUGCUGAUUGGCAUGCCAUGGCAUUUGGGUUCUUUCAUCUCUCAUGUAUUAUGUUGCUCAGCUACCAACCAGGCCCCAAGUUCGCGAUUCGCAACGUUGGAAGAUUGUCUGAAGCAGAUGUAGGUAAGCCUUUAACGUGA